CAGUGUUACGAGCGUCUCUCCGCAGUAAAAAGUCUAUGCGAGUGUGCGUCUGAGUGUCAGGACUCCGGGUAAAUCUAAAUUCAGUGCCGCGGAUCUUGUGCUUGCGUACAUUCGGACGGAUAGUCCCACUUCUAAGGGUCCGUUCAGAAUGAAACAGUUUCGUGGAGCUGGACUUGGGCUUCUUAUCUUCGUCCUCGGUUUCUGCAGUGCCCUUGCAAAGUCCCGGCAUAACCGCGAUGGCAGCGCGACCUACGCGGAGGACGAAGAGGACCACUUUCUGGGCACUGAGCUCGCCAAUGGUCAAGACAGCGAGGAUGCGCUCGCCCCUAAAGCCCUGCCAUUGGAUUUUGACCUCUGUGAAACCAUGAUAUGCGGCAGGGGGAGGCAGUGCGAAGUGAACAAGCAUGGUGAGGCGACGUGUAUUUGCCAGAAGUUCUGCAAGAAGAGGAAAAAGCCGGUCUGCGGAUCAGAUGGAAACUACUACAUAAACCACUGUGAGCUCCACCGUGCUGCGUGCAUGGCAGGGAAGCCUAUUACUAUUGAUCACAAAGGAGUUUGCAACAAGAAAAAGGGCUCCUCCGAGCGUGAAACAACGACUGAAAGGCAAGAACUGACAACACCAGUGACAGAGCAGAAGCUAGAAAGGACGGAGGUUCCGGCAUCAUGGACUAAUGUUCCUACCCCUGAUGCCCGCGUUACGACUACAACAGAACCUGAUGAUUCAACACAACAAGAAUGCACGCAGCAAGAAUAUGACUUCAUGAAGGAGAACCUCCUCUUGUACAACAGUGCAAAGAUGACAGACAGUAAGAAGACAGGGAACGAGUACUUGGUUAGCCUGAUGUUCUCCCACUAUGACCACAACAACAAUGGCCUGUUAGAAGCCGAAGAGCUGUGGAAGGCAGGGGAAGAGGAUCAUCUCGGCCAGCUGUCUACUGUGUGCAUCUUGGCAGACAUGCUGCUCUUUGACGACGCCAACCAUGAUGGCCGCUUGAACAUCAAUGAGUUCUAUCUUGCCUUUAGUAAGUUAUACAGCGUUUCAGUGGUAUCAUUAGACAAAUCACUUGAAGUAAACCAUGUUACUGCACGUGUGGGCGAUAAUGUUGAAAUAAAGUGUGAUGUUACUGGAACACCACCACCCCCAAUAGUGUGGCGCAGGAAUAACAUGGAUCUGUCGACAUUGAGCGAGGAUGAAAUCAAGGUCUUUGUGGACGGAUCCCUCUACCUUACAAAUGUGCAACUCGUUCACUCAGGAAACUACACAUGUCACGCACAACGAAACCGUGAUGUGACGCAGACACACAUUCUUCAUGUUCAGACCAUGCCAGAGGUCCAUGUCAUACCAAAGUUACAGUCACGGGCUCCAGGAGAGCUGGCCGAAAUGGAAUGCCAUGUCAUUGGCGUUCCCACUCCUAGGGUCACAUGGCUUAAAAACGACGAAGGUUUGAAGAUGGCUACAGACAAGUACACCAUAGUUGGCAAUGGCACAGCACUGAUGGUGGGCAAGAUUACAUACAGUGACACAGGGGCAUACAUGUGCGUAGCAUCUAACCCUGCAGGGUCUACCAGGGACAUUAGUUCUCUCGUGGUGCAGGACCAGCCAACACCAACUGCACCUUCGGAGGAGCGACGUUUCUUUGCCUUCCACGACUGGGGCGUGGCUGUGUACGAUCCAGACAACUGCCGACUCUAUCACCAAAUUCAAAGUGUGGAUAUUAUUCCGGGCACACAGGAGUACGUAUGCGGAGAUCGCGGCACCAACUGCUCGUGGGGACGGGCCAUCAACGUAGCCGACCGUUAUGUUUACGUAUCACAACCCACAAAGGGCAGGGUGCUCGUCAUCUCGAGGAUACAAAUGGUGGUCGUGGAUGUUGUUGUGACAGACAAGUACCCCGUUGACCUGCACUAUGUGCCUCAUUUAGACCAAGUGUGGGUGUUGUGUUGGAGAGGCCCUGUGGAUAGGGGCACUAAGACAAUCCAAAUAAUACGUGAUGCCAGCCAGAAGAAGAAGCACCACACUGUACAUCCAGAACCAGUUGAUGGACACUUUGACCUUGUGAGUGGGUUGUUCAUCCCUCCUUCUCAAGACCUCGGGUACCCAUGGAAGUAUGGCUACGUGGUUCACACAAAUCAAAGGGGAAUGUAUAAGAUGGACUUGCGUGCCAUGAAGUACAUCAAGACUGUGGACCUAACACCCUACAACUGUGCUCCAAAGAGUGCAGACUUUGCGUCUCUAGGAGGAUAUGUAAUUCUUGAGUGCCUGGAACCCAUUACGCAACGUCCGAUGGGACAGAUACUGUUGGACUACCUUACAGACACGGUGUUGUCGCACAAGACAAACUUGUUUGGUCGACCCCACGUCUCACCCGAUUCAAAGCAUGUGAUCACGCUUCAGAGCAGCAACAACAGUGUCAUAAUUGUUGCCCAGGAAGUCACUGAAGAAGGCCUCAAGUUUCUAUUUGACGUGAAAACAACUCUACAAAUAAGUGAUGUCACAUUUUUCACAUCACGAACAAGCCACAGCUACGAUCUGUAUGCGAGUUCUUCAAACAAGGAAGAUAUCUUGCUGGUGAAUCUGCAAGAUGGCAAAGUGGAAAUGAUCACUGGCAUAGGUCGGGCGAUCGAUCCCCUGGUGGCGCAGUGGGGAAACACCAACCGACCCAUCACCAGUGCGGGCGUGUUUGGCACUUACAUGGUCACGACAGCCAACGAAGCCAUCUUUGUUGUAAACGGGAAGACGCGAACCGUAAAUUGCGAGAUUGGGAAUAUCGUCCAUCCAAGAAUGAUGGUUUGGGUUCGAUCACCAUAACCUCCAUUACAGGAGCUGUGGAAACAAUUUAAUUUCAUUAAUAGUUCCUGCAGUGCAAAUUGUAUAAACAGAGAAUACCAAAAGAAAUUGAGAAUUCUUGAGGUGGGACAUAGAGCCAAUAUACUCUGCAAUGGAUUAAUUCAAGUUUAGUGUACGUGAAAGACUUUUCAACCAAUACAUGCAGUAUGAUACAGGUGAAGUAGCUUGAGGCUUGUGCUAUGUACAAGUUUGAUGCAAAAUAGGCUAUUCAAAAUUUAUAUUUUCUGUUCCACCAUUAACGAGAGACUGAAGAACAAUGGCUGUGAAUUGCUUCCACUUUAGCAGCGUAGAACGUGAAGAGGCACAAUGAUUUGUUACACAAAGUCUGCGGAAGGCAAGGACACUGCUACGUGUAAUGGUACUUAGCAAGACACCAACCUCCAUCUGUGAGGUUAAAAGUGCAACAGCUAAACUAGAUAGGUGACAUGGCCUGCGUGCAGCACAGGGCAUAAUUUGCUGCAUCUCUAUGUCUAAUUAAUUAGUUUCUUUUCUAUGGCGAGCAUGGAAAGUACGGGACAGCGACAGGUCUGGAUUUUUCAUUGCAGAUAUGUAUGAGUGUUGUUCACUAAUACUCACCCAGGCCACAAAUCCGAAACAGUGAGUUCUACAAUGUGACGUAUAGUUUAUGUGCAGGGCAAUUGAGAAUAUUUUAUCUCCUGCUGUGUUGAUCUCUGCGAUACUAACCAAGUUGGAGCAUUAUUUUCAAAAUAUAUUUUAGCUCUGUUUGCAAAAUGCACAGUCAACCUUUGUGGUCACAUGGCAGAAAAGGUAUCAGAUCUGCAUGAUGCAGGUAUCACAAAUGGAUCAAUAUAUGCACAUGCUUAACGUAUAGACGUGAGGUUUGUACACAGGAAAUUGAAAGAGCAAUCGAAUUUUUCAAGCCAGUUGUAAAUUCUUCACGUUUGUUUCUGCAUACGUUGGUCCUAAGUAUGACGGAAGCAUUCCAGAACUAAAAAAAAAUGUUGUACAUUGACUGUGGUGUUUAUGCCUUCACAAAAAGAAAAAGUUUUGUUGCUUGGUAGCGGUUCUGACACAAACACUUUUUUUAAUUUUUUUAUUACGAGUAUUUCAGCACAUAGUGUUGGGAUUCCCAGCUUGUGUCGUACCAUGAGGUCGUUGUCUUUUAUUAUAUUUUGUGCAGCACAUAUUGCCAUGCUAGUUUUGUUACAUUUGCUUUUAUGUACCAACUGUAAAUAUACAUAUUUCUAGUCUUUGUUGUAUCAGUGUUGUUGGCAAAUGAGCAAAGUGAGCGGGAGUAGUAUGUACAGGACACUUUCCAAAGGUCUUCGUACCCUAUCUCUAAAUGUGUUUACGAAAGUACAUGUCAUGCAUCUUACCCUCUCCUAUUUGAUUUUCUCAUGGAAAAGCAUAAAUCCAACAGUGAACACAAUUUCAUGAUUGUUAAGGAAAAUUCUGUAGCAGUGUAGUAGCUUUAGUCCUACACCUGUUGUAAAACCUCUGAAAAUUGACAAGUGUUCAGUUUACAGGUGAGAUGUUACUCAUUUCUGUCUUUGUGCUGCGGUGUCAAGCACACGCCAAUGCACGUUGAAGGUCUCAAAAUAAUGGUAUUGAAGUUGAACAAUAGAUGAUAGCUACUCGUCUCCCAUUAAUCUUGCAUACCGAUCUAGCCUCCUAGCGGAACAAUACUUAAGUCAUAUUUUUUACAUGCCCUUUAUAUAUCGUCUCAAUAUUUCUUUGUUUAUAUCUGUGUUCACUUCAUUCACAUUCCAAGUGAUCAUCAGACAUUUACGAACUUGUAUUGCACUACCACCAUGGUAUUAAAAGGCACAGCCUGUGCCUGACAUCGUGGAACUGUGUAGGUGGUGCACUGAUUGUGACAAAAACUGCUAUUUGAAGCUUGUUUACAAUUUGUUCAGCAAACUGCUCCUUACUUUGAUCAUACAGCUAUGCAGCAUCAACGGUACCUUAGGGUCAAAUGUAGGUUCCACAGUUUAGGUUGCUGUUUUACUGUUUCGGGAUUCACUCUGAACUUUCUCAAUGAAACGUUUGAACAGCAGACUCCAUCAUUUUGUGUACAGUUCUUGUGCCAUCAUGAGCGGUCUUCUGAUGUAAGGGUAGUGACGCGGUCCGUGAGGGCUGCCAUUUGUUAUUCUGGGUCAUCUUCUUCACAGUGCGUGUUGCUCUGUAAGUAGAAUCGUGUGUCUGAUGUCUGCCUGCUGAUGCAAGGAGGCAGCCCUUUCAAGCAUGUGAAUGAAAAAAAAGAAAAAAAGAGGAAAAGGAGAAAGCAUUGCUGCAGCAGUCAGAUGUUUAGGAGUACACACUGCAAACUACUGUUGUAUACUUUGUGCAUACUUGAGUCAUUUUUUGUUUGUGUGUGCGUGUGUGGCUGUGGGUGUGUUUCCUUGUAGCGGCUAUGGCUGUUAUAUAUUUUUAUAGUAGUGCUUUCAUAAGCAUAACUUUAGACAAACAUAUUGUGAGGAACAGGUAUGAUGAACACGUGUAAUAUAGUACUUCACAGUGCGAAAAAAAAAAAAAACUAUUGGCCGCAUGCAGUUCGUGUUGCAGGAGAACGCACUUUAUUUGGUCCAGUCAUGCAGCAGUAUUGUUUGUGUUGCUGGUGCAUAAUGCACAUAAAAAGAUAUGCAGUGUGUUAUGUAGGUACACAUUUGUACACAUGAUAAAGCAAGCACUGUGCCAAAUGAAUUGAUUAAAAUUAUGGAGGAAGCGAGAAAAUAUGUUGUGCUAAAAGGUACCUUAUGCUUCAUUACUUUUUAUCAACCUAGCAGAACACCACCGUAGAAGCACCAUUAUCUUCGUAUGGUAAGGUAAACAUAAAUAUCUUCUGAGAUCGGUGGCAUCCUCUUGGUGAGCGGUCUGCCUGCCGAUAUGGCUUCUGAUAUCUACAGUAAAAAAGCUACAAUGAUCGAAGCAGUAGCUCAUGAUAUGUACAAUUGAAGUUGAUGUCCACUGCUGUCAACUCAUGACUGUCAAGCUCCUAUUCAUAACUUGUGCGUUUACUUUUGCUGCCUUGUGGUAAAAAUUCAUCUGCUGUAUAACGAGCAGUAAGAUAAUAAAGCUGGUCUUUACGAAA